UUACUUCCUCUCUUCUUCCUCUUCCCCCAUAACCGCAUUUUCGUAAAUUCCAUCCAUCCAUCUCUCAGCAUCAGUUUCCCGCCAACCGAGAUCCAUUCGCACUCCUCACAAUGCGUCAGAACGUCCUCCUCCUCGCGCUCUCGGCGGCCACCGCCGUCACCGCCCAAGAGCGCAACUUCACCAUUGACAUCAGCGCCGUCGAGCCGGCGACCAAAGCCGGCUGGUGCGGUGCGCAAUAUAACACUUGCCGCCUGCUCUGCGACGGCAGGCCGACCAAAAAUGACUGCGAUACCAGCACCCUAGAGUACAAGUGCACAUGCUCCGAUGGCACUGCGCCCGAUCUCGAGAACUACAUCCAGACCGUCCCGACUUUCAUCUGCGAGCGAGCCUUCGAGGAGUGCAUCGCGGCUAACACGGCCAGCUCCAGGGCUCAGGAUGAGUGCGAGACCAACAUCAAGAGCGAGUGUGGCGACCUGGAUCCCACCAAGGCUCAGGCCAACACCCCCUCGGAGGACUCGACGACCAGCGCUGGCUCAUCUCCCACCGACAGCCCGUCUGGAUCUGCCGCCGAGAACGCUCCUGCCAACACGUCGACUUCCACUGCUGGUGCCGUCCCCACCGCCGCAUACGUCGGCAACGGCGUCGCUAUGGUUGCUGCCGGUGUCUUCGCCGCCAUGCUCUAGUAAGCACAGCAGUGUGAGAGGGUGGCACUGAGCCUAUGCCGCACAGCGUUUGGCCAUCGUGCACAAGUAUCGCGUUCAUAGGCGUCGAUCUUGUUCUUGUAUUGAUUUUUGUCUCGAUUUUCCUCUGGACAGGCUUUUGGGUCGGCGACAGCAGGACCUGCAGGUACAUAACCCGCCGCGACGGACUAGAUCCGCAGUAUAAAGGGCCUGAUGUGCACAGGAGGACGAAGUUGCGGGAGAUGAAAGAGGGUAGCGCCGAGGUGAACGGCUUAAUUGAGGAGGACGGAGAGAGAGAGAGAAUGAGGGUCUGGAGAAGGU